AUGCAGCUGUCCCAGGGCUUCAAAGCGCUUUUGCGGCAGUCCGCGCUGGCCCAGCCGGCGCAGCAGCAGUUGGGUACAUGUGCUGCGGCGGCUCGCAAAAACUCAAUCAGCAGCAGCGCCACAAGCGGCAGUUCGCAAGAGGGGGAGUCAACGGAAGGCCAGGCGCCGAUGCCCAACUUUAACAGCGCAUCAGGCACGGAGGACCCGCGAGAUGUUGCCGCCCGCGUGGGCCGCACCACCGGCUCCGGAACCGGUCCGGUGGAGCUGAAGAGCUGGGACGCCAGGGAGGGGGGAGGGGGGACUGAGAACGACAACGAGUGCCCGGGAGGUUACUCCGGGCCACAGGAGCAACUGGCCAGUGGUGGCGCAGCGGGGCAGACGGAGGGGCGCCGAGUGCUACAGCCGGACGUGCAGGCUGCUAGCGGAGGUAGCAGCCGCCAAGGAGGUAGCAGCAGCUGUGACGAUCAGGACCGCCGUGCAGACGCCGCAGCGGCGGCGACAGCUGGACCGCUGGGUGGUCGGAUGGUGGCCCCAGCUGAGGCACCUUCCCAGGGAGAGGACCUGCCACCCGGCCACGACGGCAGCGGCUCAACCCUCAAGUCCCCCGCCGACCAGGCAGAUGCUUGA